AUAAGUCACCAAAGUAUAAAGCCAUUGUUAGUGAACAGAUUAAGAUUUUUCAAACUUAUAUCCUAGAUUCUGAAAUAGACGAGCGUGUUGUGUAAACUCAGUGCUACGUCUAUAGAAACAAUGGUAAAACCAACAAUUAGUAUUCUUUGCCAAAAAACAAAGUGAAAAGUGAAAAGAAAUUAGUAAAACAAGUGUUCAGAUAGGUUCGGUAGCAAUAACAAAAAUGUUGUUUGUUUUAUAAUAACAUUCUCUAAUGUGUACAGUUUACCUCGCACCACUCUAAUGUGUGUUUCAGUCUUGUUGUGUUUUUUGGCGAUAUGCUGCGGUGUUUAUAUGUCAACAGAAGUGCGAUAUGAAUGUGGUCCGCACGGUAGAUUCGAGUACUGCGUGGACGGGUACCCUGGCUGCGUGGUCGGCUGUCACUGCCAUCCAGGAUACUACUUCGAUACCGACACAAAAAUAUGUGAACCAAAUGUAAAAUUAACACAUGAAGCCCGACGGCAUUACUACAACGAGCCCACACCUAAUUACGAUGUGCCAAGCAUCGUUGCAAGUACUGAACCCAAUCCACCUACAAUUAGUGGUAAUAAAAUUAAUGAUAUUCCCAAGGACACUGACGAACUUGGCGACUGGCUUUACAAUCAGUUCUUUAAAACUAUUGAGAAUCAAGUAAUAAGUCAUUCAAAUAAUACAAAACCAAAUAAUAAUCAAAAGCCACCAACACGUAGAAGUGGCGGAGAUGGCAGACCAGUGGGCGGUUCAACAAAAAGAUUGAAAACUCGACGGUUCGGCCGCGGCAGGAAAAGGAAGCAUAAUACGAAAGUGCGUGGACUCAGAAGAAAGCUACUACGUAUUACAGAAGAUGAUAGUUUGUUCGAUUCUGAAUCGGAUUCCGAAUCAAGCGACAGUUCCGGUUCCAGCGAUAGCGAGAGUGAAAGUGAUGGUUCGAGUGAGGGGAGUGAUGGAAAGAAAUCUGGAUCUGGGUCUGACGGCGAAAAAGACCAUGGUCAUAAAAAGGUUAUAAUAUUCAAUAGAAGACCUAAACCGCCAUUGCCAUCAUUUAUUUUCUUGCCAAAUAUGGAUACACCAUAUUACCCACCCAUAGGCUUACCGCCUCCACCACCAAUGCCAAUGUACCCGAUGGUUCCAGUGCCACCCAUGGGUCCGCCUAUGUUCCCUUUCCCAGGUACAAAAUGUGAUGAGGAAAAUAGCACCACCACGACCAGCGUAACGACUACACCGACUACGGCCGCUACAAAUGCAACUGAACCUGAACCUGAACCUGAAACUGAACCUCCUCCUCCCCCCAAGGAUCGCAGACGCAGUAAACUAGAAAAGCAGAACACACACUCAGAUGAUGAUGAAGAUGAAGAUGACGGAGAAUUCACGCUUCGAGCGAGUGAACCCGGGAAAAAAACAAAAUUCAAGCAAGCAAAGCGAAAUAAACUCAUGAAAAAACUACGUCAGAAAAUGAAAGAUAAAAGGAAAAAAGUACCAACAAACUCAGAUGACGAGAGCGACUUGGCAGCAAACCUAGAUGAUGUACCAAAUGCAUCAGAUACAUUACCAGUAGUUAAAAGAGCUAAGUUUAAAAAGCAUGAACCACAAAUCCCUAAUUUAAAAGAUGUUGAUUUUAAAUAUUUAUCAGAAUUAAUACAUAGAGUAAAUAAUAGUGCUCCUAGAAAUAAACCUCCAUCACCUUUUAGGGGUAAACCUCCAUCACCUUUUAGGGGUAUACCACCAUCACUAAUGCCAUUACCUUUUGACAACAAUGCUUUAAAACAAUUGCAAAAUCUUAAGGCACAGCAAACACGCCGUAAUUUUGAUACUCUCGGCCAAGUACCUACCCGUGUUGAAUCUGAAGUAGUAAAUGCAGGAGACCAAACCAGAAAUUUGAAUAAACCAAAUACUGACGAGGAAUACUACACGAACUUAGGAAGACAGAUCGCGUCUAUGAUUCGUAACGCUGACACUAAAUCAGACCAGCCAUUCCAUACAGAACAAUCUCGUCCAGUCCCCUUUCAUUCCGUUCUCAAUGAAAAUAAUUAUUCUCCUGGUUCGUUCUGGGAAAGAUCAGUACGAUCUCCAUACCCUCAGAUUUCAGACGACAAGCCAAACACUAAUUACCUUGAUGAAUCACGCACUUUAAAACACAGUAAUGAAAAAAACCUGUUAAAUCUCGAAAAUGAAGUUGAAACUUACGUAAGUACUGCACCUUCUUUAAGUUUACAAGAUCUUGAAAACCUAUUAAAUACUGUGGAAAAGACAAAAGAUCAAAUAAAAAUAAAAGAUCCACUGGUUAGCCCGAAACAUUCAAACAUUAGCCUUAAUGUAAAUCUCCUGCCUAAAUAUGUUAAAGAGGACACCAUUACUGGGAAACAAUAUGGUCCAGGUAAUGAAGAUAUCUUAAACUCAGCGGAUAAGGAUCAAGCUUAUUUGCAAUCGAAAGACUCUUUGGCGAAUCCAAAUCCUUCAAAGUUUAGUCCUAAUGUAAAACUGCCACCUAAUUAUCUAAGAAAUAACCACAAUUACAGAAGGUUACCUGGAGCGAAUAACGCGAACAAUUUGAACCCAGAGGACAGAACACGAGUUUAUUUUCAAUUUAAAAAUUCUCUCACGGACCCGAAAUCUUUAAACGUUAGUCUCAAUGAAAAUUUCCUACCUGAGUAUCUUAGAGGCAAUCAAGCUUAUAGAAGAUUGUUUGAAGUCGAUAACGCAGACAUUUUAAGCCCGGCGCAAAAAGCAUUAUAUUAUUUUCAACUGAAAAAAUCUCUUGGACACCCGAAUGCUUCAAACUUUACCCCUAAUAUCAGAAGCAACAAUCCUUAUAGAAGAUUUUUUGGUGCGGAUAACGCAGAUAUUUUAAGCCCAGCGCAAAAAGCACAAUAUUUUUAUCAAUUUAUGAACCCUCUAGGAAACCGGAAAACUUCUAACGUCAGUCUCUAUGCAAACGUUUUACCUGAGUAUCUCAGAGGCGACAAACCCUUUAGAAAAUUUUUUGGUGCUGGUACCGCAGACAUUUUAAGCCCUGCUCAAAAAGCACAAUAUUACUAUCAACUUAUAAACUCUCUCGGAAACCCGAAAUCUUCCAACGUUAGUCACAAUGCAAACUUCUUACCUGAGGAUCUUCGAGGUGACAACACUUAUAGUAAACCAGUUAGUGCUGGUACCGCAGAUAUUUUAAGCCCUGCGCAAAAAGCACAAUAUUAUCUUCAAGUUAUUAUGAACUCUCUCGGAAAUCCGAAAACUUCUAACCUUAGUCUCAAUGUAAAGUUCUUACCUGAUUAUCUCAGAGGUGACAAUACUCAUAGAAAACCAUUUAGUGCCGGUAACGCAGAUAUUUUAAGCCCUGCGCAAAAAGCACAAUAUUUUUAUCAACUUAUGAACCCUCUCGGAAACCCGAAAACUUCGAACCUUAGUCUCAAUGUAAACUUUUUACCUGAGUAUCUCAGAGGCGAUAAUACUUAUAGUAAACCAGUUAGUGCAAGUAACGCAGAUAUUUUAAGCCCUGCGCAAAAAGCACAAUAUUAUUUUCAACUAAUAAAAUCUCUUGGACACCCGAAUGCUUCAAAUUUUAAUCUGAAUGUAAACACCCACAAUCUCAGAAGCGACAAUCUUUAUAGAAGAUUAUUUGGUGUGGAGAACGCAGAUAGUUUAAGCCCUGCGCAAAAAACACAAUAUUUUUAUCAACUUAUGAACCCUCUUGGAAACCGCAAAUCUUCUAACGUCAGUCUCAAUGUGAACUUUUUACCUGAGUAUCUCAGAGGCAACAAUCCUAAUAGAAAAUCAUAUGGUGCUGGUAACGCAGACAUUUUAAGCCCGGCGCAAAAAGCACAAUAUUAUUUUCAACUUAUGCACUCUCUCGGAAACCCGAAAUCUUCUAACGUUAGCCUCAAUGUACAUCUCCUACCCAAGUAUCCCAAAGGCGACGGCGAUUAUAGAAAAUUCUAUGAUGGAGAUAGUGCAGACGUUGCAAACCCGGUGGAAAAGGCUCCAUAUUAUUAUCAACUCAAGAACCCACCUGAAAGCCCGAAAACUUCAAACGUUAGUCUUAAUGAGCAUACAAUACCUGUGUAUGCUGGAGAUAGGCCCACUUAUCGAAGAUUGGUUGGUAACACAGGCAUGUUAAACUCAAUGGAAAAUACACAAUAUUAUAAUCAACUUAAGAACUCUCUCGGAAAGCCAGAACCACCAAACGAGAGUUUCAAUGCGCUCAUGAUACCUCAGUAUACCAGAGACUCUUAUAGGAGACUAUAUGGUGGGGAUAACGCAGACAAUCAGACCCCAACUCACACCCCACAACCAUCUAUUAUGAUGGUCGAACCAAAAUAUAUCACUGAACAAUAUCAGGCCCUGUACCCAGUGAAAUUUGUAGAAUCGCCAGAUCCGGCAAACACAUCAAAUAAAACCAUGUCAAAUAAAACCGUGUCUCCAGAUACAGAUAAUAAUAAUGCUCCACAAUCCAGCGAUUACUGGAUGUAUAACAUCCAUCAGGAAGCUAUUCAACGGGAAACAGAAACGAAAAGUCCAGUAUUACCAGGGUAUGUUUUCCCAACCCUGAAGCCUCUGCAGCAUCACAAUCAAAUACAAGCCACAAACCAAGUGAGACAGGCCCCUUUUGUAGGCGUAGUAAUCCCUAAUAGCUUUAUGAACACAAAGCCACCGCGUAAUGAAUAUUUACAAUUCUUAAACAGUAUGCCGGUAAUAAAACAACCCCCAUCUCAGAAACGAGAACAAAAAUUAAGGAAUCAACAUAACUAUAACUAUUUUUCUCCCAACAAAUACCACUACAUGUUCGAGAAACAGGCUUACCCCAUUCUAGCCCCAUUUAGAAGGCAAAUCAGCAAAAAAUACGGCAACCCUUCAUACUUUCACCAUCAUCUACAUCAUUAUGAAUAUUUUGAUUAAUUUGUAUAAUAUUGUUAUUUUAUAUUAAAUGCAAACAUUUUG